AUGGUGAUUGUGGUAGCAGAAGGAGCAGGACAAGAGUCUGUUGCCCUAGGCAAACUUGCAGCUGAUGAGAAUGAUGCAUCAGGAAACAGAUUACUCCUGGACAUUGAUCCAACAUACAUGUUACAAGCUAUUCCCAGUAAUGCGGCAGACAACAUCUACUGCAGCCACCUUGCCCAUGGUGCUGUGCAUGGGGCCAUGGCUGGGUUUACAGUCUUCACAGUUGGACCUGUAAACAACAGACAUGCUUAUAUUCCAAUUUCCCGUGUUACCCAGGCACAAAACACAGUUAAGUUGACAGAUAGUAUGUGGGUUAGGCUUCUUGCAUCACCGAAUCAACUUACUUUCUUGCAUAGCAGUGAUAACUCACAAGACAGAAUUGAUAAUGAGGGUGAUAAAGCGAUUGAAAACCUAGUUAGAAAUGGGCUCCCUAAUCUUAACCUAGAAACAGAAGAACCAACCAAUCAGAUUAUGAAUCCAAUGAAUAUGGCUUCAUCUUGUUGA